UGCAGGCAACUCGCAAAGUGGACGUCAGUUCUAGCACCACCAAAAUCAUGAGCACUGCCACUGCCGAGAGAGGUUCGGAAAGAAAACGACAUCGUAGAACCACAGAUGAGGAGGCGAGUAACUGGACGCUCGGUCAAUCCUUCAAUGCCGGCCAACGCUCGGAGCCUGUUCGCACAGGAGGGGAAGAAGACCGGAGCUCCGACCUUCCUCCUCCUCCUCCCUUCAUCUCCAAGCUGCCUGCAGCCGUGGCUAACGUCGAGGAUGUGAGGAGCUACUUACACUCCAAGAGAGUGACCAACUACCUGGUGGGCAGCACGCUCGGGGAAGGCUCAUUCGCCAAAGUCAAGGAAGGUUUCCACGUUCUGGUGGGAGAAAAGGUUGCAGUCAAGAUAAUUGACAAGAAGAAAGCCCAGAAAGAUUCGUAUGUGAACAAAAACUUUCGUCGUGAGGCAAAGUUGCUGCAGAUGGUCCACCAUCCCAACAUCCUGCAGCUGCUGGAGGUGGUGGAGACUGACAAUUCAUACUACCUCAUCACUGAACUCUGCUCUGGCGGUGAACUGAUGGAACAUAUCUACAAGGAGCGGCAACUUAGUGAGGAGGAGACAAGGAGGUACAUGAGGCAAAUGGUAUCUGCAGUUGACCAUAUGCACAGAGCAGGCAUCAUCCACAGGUACUUAGUCUGUUAUAUAAAUUCAUAUGUUCUUGUGUAAUGUAGUACACCAUAAUACUUACAUAUACAUAGCAAAAGACACCUCAACAUUGCUCUAAGAUGAAUACCUAAUUGUCAUGAAUUCCAAUUUCCUGUUUGUGACUCAGCAUUGUACACAUUUUACCGCCGUACACAUUUUACUGCCCUACACUAUAUAAUUAUAAUAAUAGCAGUUCAUGUGUGGUCAUGUCUGUCUUUGCACUUUCACACUGAAACUGCUGAUUUCUAGUUACAAGUAUUAUAGCAUUAUUAACGAAACGCAAGGUCACCUUAUGUACUCCCACAUUCUCUUAGGUCUUCUGAAUAUACUCUGCACUUACACACCAAUCUCUGUACUAGUCUAUUCAUAAGUGGUAGAUAGAGCAGAGAAAUUGGAUUCACUGACAUGUUGCAUGCCUGACUCGUGUAUCUGCUCUGAGGGAGGUCCACGUAACUUUCUGGAUAACAGCUCCCCUGUCUUAAUAGUUGUGUCUAGGCUAAAGUAACUCUAUUGCCUAGACCACUUAACCCUGACUGUCUGAACUUAACCCUGCACCAUAAACUUCCAUUACUUCCUCCUCUGAAUAUUGUUUUCCCUCCCACACACUGUCUGGGUUCAGGGACCUGAAGGUAGAGAAUCUUCUGCUGGACACUCAAGGAACUGUGAAGAUCAUUGACUUUGGUCUCUCCAAUGAGGAGUUCACUCUGGACGAAGGUCAGAGGGUCCACUGCAGUACACAGUGUGGCUCUCCUGCAUACGCUGCUCCUGAACUACUGGGCCACAAGUACUAUGGACCUGAGGUGGACAUCUGGAGCCUGGGAGUUAACAUGUAUGCCAUGCUGACUGGCUGUCUGCCCUACACUGUGGAGCCAUUCAACAUUACUGCUCUCCAUGCCAAAAUGCUGGAGAACAAAAUGAACCCAAUUCCAUCCAAUCUUUCUCCUGAAUGCACUGAUCUCUUGCAUGGGCUGCUGACAUCUGACCCAGCCAGUAGGAUUAAGAUGCCAGCAAUCAUGUCACACCCAUGGAUUGCAGCUAAUGGUAGCUCCACCCUAAAGCCACAUCCCUAUCCCAACAAGCUUUCUGCGAAUGACAUCAAUGAGGACAUUGUGGAGCACAUGGUCCAUGUUCUCAAGUUGAAAGAGAGAGAAGAAGAGGUUACAGCAGAGCUGCUAACAGACAGAGCAUGCGCUUUGUCAGCUGUCUACUAUCUCCUGCAGGCCAGACUAGACAGGUAUAAUCUGAGCAAAGCAAAUGUGAAACUGAAGAAAAAGUCAAAGUACGAAGUGCCCAAUGGACACAGGCCUCCCUCAAGAGAUUAUGACUGUCAUUCAACCAUCAGCCACCCUGUCAGAGGAGGGAGAGAGAAUAAGGUUCAGCUGCGGCCAGUGACACGGCAGAAGGCGCCGGGAGGAGGAGAGGGAGUGGAUGGAGGCUCAAGACUCAGAGAACGCAGGAAAACUCUACCUUCAGAGUUACUGCAGGCUGAUAUUGACAAGUUAUGCCAGUCUGACAACCUUCCUCCUCUGCAGAAGAAGACAGGGACUUUGCCACGCUCACUGAGGAAGAACGCUGUGCUAGCCCAGCGAGGUCCUCAUGGCACAGCAGCUCUUCCGAGACCCAUGACUCACCUGAACCCUGUCAGACCUCCUCCCAUCUUCCCCACCAGUAUCUCCCACCCCAGAGACCUCAACAAGCUGAGGCAGGAGAUGAACAGACAUGCUUGGGUCUCCCAGCCCCCCUCCCAGGCCUCCCUCACUGGGUCAAAACGACAGACUUCUCGCCCUGCAUCUCGCCAGCCUUCAGCCGCCUCAAGCAAGCAGAGCAACCGACUAUCCUGUCCCGACUACUAUGAUGAUCUCGAGUUCCACGAAGUGGAGUCAAUAGCAUCUUCCUCGAGGCAGAACUAUGGCCUGAAUAAGGCUCCCCACAGCACAGCUGAUGGUGUACAUUUCCCUUCCCUUGCGCCCCACAGUAAUCGAGGUAAUCAUCAGAGGAGCCGGUCGCACGAACACAGAGAACACACCUCCCCUGUCAAACACCCUCCCCGCACUAAUGGACACUGGUCUCCCAGUAAACAGUUCGAAUUCUUUAGCAAGAUCUCCACCAGUGGACUGUUGGCUGAACUGAGUCGAGUGGCAGAGAGCCUCAACAUCAGCUGCACUGGCCACAAGGGCCACACAGUGUACCUCAAGAGCCAGAGCACCAAGUUCCAGGUCCAUUUGGACAAGGACAGUGCCCACAGUGUGUGUCGACUGGAGUUCCAGUGGCUGCAGGGAGGGAGCCAGGAGCGCUAUACAAGACUCUGCUCUGACAUUUUCCUCUCUCUUUCCACAUGACCUUUCGCUUGCCUUGUUUAUGAAUUUCUCCGUGUUUUUGUGGUUUCAUGUGUGCAUAUGUAUCACUCACUAUCAGUCUAAUAUUAUUGGUGGAUUCUCAUUACAAAGUCAUGAUGAAAUACACUCCAGCCAGUGUCUCCCUUGUUUGCUAUCACAACCCACUGCCC